CACAUGCACUGUGCAGAAUCCUCUGAGUUCCUGGAGUUUGAAAUGGACUUUAAGUGAACAGCGACAAAGGUAGCAGUUGUUAAAUCAGCUGUGUCCAGAACAAACGCUGAGUGGUGCGUGCAUGGGGGACAGCCCGGCUCCAGUCGUCAUCUUGUUCGCAUGACUUCAGUUUGAAUGCCGUGUGAAUACUUUUACAAGCUGCAGAACAACCCUCAAGUAGAACCGCUGGCAGGUGCCAAAAACAGUCAAGGACAGGGAACGAAACUGACCACUUUGCUCGCCUUGGUGACACUGGUGUCCACCUUUGGAUCGUCCUUCCAGUACGGUUACAAUGUCUCCGUGAUCAACUCUCCCGCUCCGUUCAUGCAAAACUUCUACAACCAAACCUACGUGGACAGGUAUGGCACCUACAUGGACAGCAACUUCCAGACGCUGCUCUGGUCUCUCACCGUGUCCAUGUUCCCACUUGGAGGCUUCUUUGGGUCCCUGCUGGUUGGCCCUCUGGUGAACAAUUGUGGCAGAAAGGGCACUUUACUGAUAAAUAAUCUCUUCUCCAUUGUCCCCGCAAUCCUCAUGGGGACCUCAGAAGUGGCAAAGACCUUUGAGGGGAUUAUCCUCUCCCGAAUCAUCAUUGGAAUAAAUGCAGGCCUGUCCUCUAAUGUUGUUCCCAUGUACCUGGGAGAGAUGUCCCCCAAAAAUCUGAGAGGUGCGAUUGGAGUGAUGCCCCAGCUCUUCAUCACCAUCGGGAUACUUGUAGCUCAGAUCCUUGGUCUCAAGAGCAUCCUAGGAAAUCGUGAAGGCUGGCCAGUGUUGCUGGGGUUGACUGGCAUCCCGGCAGUUGUGGAGCUCAUCCUAUUGCCCUUCUUCCCAGAGAGCCCCAGGUACCUCCUGAUACAGAAGGGAGAUGAAGAACAAGCCAGGAAAGCACUGCAGAAGUUGAGAGGCUGGGACAAUGUGGAUGAUGAGAUUGAGGAGAUGUGUCAAGAAGACCAGUCUGAGAAGCAGGAAGGGCGCCUAUCUGUGAUGAACCUCUGCACCUUCCAGGCUCUGCGGUGGCAGCUCAUCUCUAUCAUUGUCAUGAUGAUGGGGCAGCAGCUCUCUGGGGUCAACGCGGUCUUCUACUACGCAGACAGAAUCUUUGAGUCGUCUGGCGUGGAGGUGAACGCAGUGCAGUACGUCACUGUGGGCAUAGGCGCCGUCAACGUGGUCAUGACCUGCCUUGCGGUUUUCAUCAUUGAGAUGGCAGGGAGGAGGAUUCUGCUUCUUGUCGGCUUUGGGAUGUGCUGCAUCUCCUGCGCCGUGCUAACGAUGGCCCUGAACCUCCAGACCAGUGUUCCCUGGAUGCCGUAUAUCAGCAUAGCCAGUGUCAUUGCUUAUAUCAUCGGACAUGCUAUUGGGGCAAGCCCCAUCCCUUUUGUACUGAUCACUGAGAUGUUUCUUCAGUCAUCCCGGCCUGCAGCAUUCAUGGUGGGUGGAUCUGUACACUGGCUCUGCAACUUCACUGUGGGGCUCGUGUUCCUCUAUAUGGAGCAAGCACUUGGGGCUUACAGUUUUCUUGUCUUCUGCGUCAUCUGCCUGGCCACCGGCAUUUACAUCUUCGUUGUUCCUGAAACCAAGAACAAAACCUUCGUGGAGAUCAACCAGAUCAUGGCCAAAAGGAAUGGGGUGGAAGUAGCAAUGGGCAAAGAGGAGCUCAUGGAUAUCAAAGCUAUCCCAGGAACUUGGAAUGAGAAGAAAGAGGUGACCAUGAACAGUAGCCUCUGACCCACCUCAGCAUUUGAUGGACCCUGUGGUGACCAAGGGAUCUCUUCAGUGGGGGAGCAGGUGUCUUACCGGACUUGUGCUUUUCCAUUCAGACUGUCUCUGCACGUCUUCUGCAGUAAGAGUAUGACCAAAGCAGGCAGCGGGCUGUCUCUUUAGCUAUCCCCUGCCAGCACUAGCACAAAUGUUGCUGCUAGUGAAUGAUUUUUGAAAGGUUAAUCUGUUUCCUCUGUGUUUGCAGCUGACUCUGGAGCCCUGAGUCAAACCCUGCAAUGUGUCCAGCCCCUGGGUCCCGAGGCAGCGCUUCCAAGGUGCUAUUUAAACACUGGUUAUCCAUCGUUCCUGUGCAAGAGAAGAAAUAGCAUCCACAUCUCAGAGGCAGGGAAACUGAGGCAAGGACUUGGCCGGUCCAAGUUUACGGAGUGAGUCAGCAGUGCAGCCAGAGUUAGUACUCCAGGAUCCCUGACCCUCAGCCUGUGCUUUGGCCCAUA